CCGGUGCUCAGUCCCUGCCGGAGCGGCCGGGGCCGUUCGCGGGGCCCGGGUCUGGAGGCCGCGGGAGGAGGGCGUGUGUCCGGAGGCGGUGGGAGAGGGACGGCGCUGCGGCCGGGAGGGGGGCCCAGGAGCGCGUCGGGUGGAGGCGGGGUGGUCCGGGAAGACGGGCGCCCCUGCCUGGGCCGACUCGGUUACCGCCCCGCCUCUUGGUUCUCCUUGUAUCCUUCCUGGAGUCUGAGCGGCUCUCCAGUGGGGUCCGUGACUGCUUCUUGAGGCGUGGUGUUACUCAGUCCGGCAUGAGGGAGGGAUCUCCAAGAAUCCCUUACUUUUUGUCUCAUUGAAUAGAAACAUUGUUUGUUUGUUUGUUUGUUUUUCUUCUCGAAGGUUACUGACUUACUCAGAACCACAGUUUGUUAGUGGCGAAGACUGGAAGUUGUGUCCCCCGACUCCAGAGAGACUUGCCUGCUUUUCCACACGAGGAAAGGCAAAUUACUUUUAAAAAGAUCCUUUUGAGAAACGGCAACCAGGACCAAGAAAUGAAAGCAUAGACCUUUCAUUAAAGCAUUGCUUUUUAUCGUUUUCUGUGUAGUCAGUAAUCAAUGGUUUAGUAACAGUGGGGAAAUUGAUAAACAGUUUAAUCAGGAGUGUUUUUUUAAGUUUACUUAUUUUGGGGAGAGAGAGAGAAAGAGAGAGAACCCAGAAGAAGCAGAGAAAGAGGGAGAGAGAAUCCCAAGCCGGUUCAACACUGUCAGCGCAGAGCCUGAUGUGGGGCUCGCUCCAUCCCACCAUCCCUGAGAUCUUGACCUGAACAAGAAUCCAGGCUUAACUGACUGAGCCACCCAGGUGCCCCAGGUUGGGAGUAUUUUUUGUAGCAGUUUUGGUGAAGACUUAAUGUUACUUCACUGAGUAUAAUGUUUUAUUUAAACCUACUUUUUAAUUUAAAAAUUUUUUGUGAACAUCAAGAGAGCUUUAAACUGUUAAAAAAUCCCCAGGAAGCAAAUAUUUAGGUUUUCCCAGUGAAAACUUUUAUGCCCAGCAGCCAUUACAUGAUUGUGUCAGAGUCCUGUUAGAUAGUUGUUCUUUGAGCAUCUGCUGCCCUUUCUGAAGGCGAAAGGCACUGACGCUCUUCGUAUCUAUUGGGUUGUAUAGUUUUAUAGGGCAGGAGCAUUCAGGAGCCACCAGGCAGGCCAGCUCUUUUAGGACCUCAUUCCUCCUGUAACUCAGCACAGCACCAGAGUUGUCUACACUUUUCCAAGACAGCAGAAAAUGAACAAAUGCCAGAUUGAACAGAAAUCCCAGGGAUCAGUAUCAUUUAAGGAUGUGACCGUGGGCUUCACCCAGGAGGAGUGGCAGUGCUUGGACUCAAGUCAGAGGUCCCUGUACAGGGACGUGAUGCUGGAGAACUACAGCCACCUUGUCUCAGUGGGGUCCUGUGCUACCAAACCAGAGGUGAUCUUCAGGCUGGAGCAAGGAGAGGAGCCAUGGAUAUCGGAGGAAGAAUUCCCAAGCCAGAGCCUCCCAGAAGUCUGGGAAACUGAUCACAAGAAAGGAAGGAGGCAAGAAAACCGGUGCAAACCUAUGUGGGAAGUUGCAUUCAUCAGUAAGAAAACACUGACCAAGGAACGAGGUAAUGUAAUAGGAAAACCAUUUAACCUGGACACAAAUUCGUUUCCUUCCAGAGAAAGCCUCUGUCAGUGUGACUCAUAUGGAGUGAAUUUCAGCUGUAUUUCUGAAUUGUGUAUCUAUAUGAAAAACUAUUUAGGAAAAAAGACUGAUGAAUUUAAUGACUGUGGAAAAUUACUACUCAGUAUUGAACACGAGAAAACUCCUACUAGCGAGAAAAGUGAAUUUUUUAAACAUGGGGAAACUUUCAGUCAGGAUGAGGACCCUGUUGAUCAUGAGAAGAUUCAAAGUGUAGAUCAAACAUUUGAAUAUAACAUAUAUCAAGAAACCUUCCCCGAAAAGGCAACUUUGAGUACGUACAAGAGAGAGAUCACUGAAGAGAAUCACUCUGAAUGUGUUGAAUAUGGGAGAACCUUCUUUCCUAACUCCUCUUUCCUGUUACAUCACAUGAAUGCCUCCGAAGAGAAUCACUGUGGACUGGGUACUUGUGGGAAAUCGUUAUGUGUUACGUCUACCCUUUUGAAACCUCAUGGGGCACGUAUGAAACCCUCGGAGUGUAGUGAGAGUGGGGAUCAUUUCCGGGGGGAUUUAUGCCUUCCACAACUUCAGAAAACUCAUAAAGGAGAGAAACACUUUGAAUGCAAUGAAUGUGGGAAAGCGUUUUGGCAUAAGUCCCACCUCACUCGACAUCAGAGGAUACACACGGGAGAGAAACGCUUUCAGUGUGAUGAAUGUGGAAAAACUUUCUGGGAGAAGUCAGACCUCACGAAACAUCAGAGAUCACACACGGGGGAGAAGCCCUAUGUGUGCAACGAAUGUGGUAAAGCCUUCAGCCACAAGUCAGCCCUCACGAUACACCAGAGAAUACAUACAGGGGAGAAACCCUAUCAAUGUAGCGCAUGUGGGAAAACUUUUUACCAGAAGACAGACCUCACCAAACACCAAAGAACACACAUAGGGCUGAAACCCUAUGAAUGCUAUGAAUGUGGGAAAUCCUUUUGGAUCAAUUCACACCUUAUCCUGCAUCAGAGAACUCAUACAGGGGAGAAACCAUUUGAAUGUCCUGACUGUGGGAAAUCUUUCUGUCGGAAGGCACAUCUUACACAACAUCAGAAAACCCACAUAAAGCAUAAGCCCUACAAAUGUAAUGCAUGCGGGAAAACUUUCUACCACAAGUCAGUACUCACCAGGCAUCAGAUAAUUCAUACAGGGUUCAAACCUUAUGAAUGUUGCAAAUGUGGGAAAACGUGUUUGAAGUCUGCCCUCACAGUGCAUCAGAGAAUUCACACAGGGGAGAAACCCUUUGUGUGUCCUGAAUGCGGGAAAUUCUUCAGCCAUAAAUCCACCCUCUCUCAACAUUACAGGAUACAUACAGGGGAGAAACCGUUCGAGUGUCAUGAAUGUGGAAAAAUCUUCUAUAGUAAAUCGUCCCUACAUAAACAUACUAGGAUACACACAGGGGAGAAACCCUACGGAUGUAAUGAAUGUGGGAAAACGUUCUGCCAGAAGUCUCAGCUCACUCAGCACCAGAGAAUCCACAUAGGAGAGAAACCCUAUGAGUGUAAUGAAUGUGGAAAGGCUUUCUGUCACAAAUCAGCUCUAAUUGUGCACCAGAGAACUCAUAGAGAAGAAAAGCCCUAUAAAUGUAAUGAAUGUGGGAAGUCUUUCUGUGUGAAGUCAGGGCUUACUUUACAUCAGAGAAAACACACAGGGGAGAAACCCUAUGAAUGUAAUGAAUGUGGAAGGUCUUUCUGUGAUAAGUCAGCUCUUGUUGUGCACCAGAGAACUCAUAGAGAAGAAAAGCCCUAUAAAUGUAAUGAAUGUGGGAAAUUUUUUUGUGUGAAGUCAGGACUUAUUUUACAUCAGAGAAAACACACAGGAGAGAAACCUUACGCAUGUAAUGACUGUGGGAAAUCCUUCAGUCACAAAUCAUCCCUCACAGUGCAUUAUAGGGCUCACACAGGGGAGAAAUCUUGUCAGUGUAAUGAAUGUGGGAAAAUUUUUUACCGUAAAUCAAACCUUGUUAACCAUCAGAGGUCACACACAGGCGAGAAGCCCUAUGAAUGUAACACAUGUGGAAAACCCUUCUCUCAGAAGUCAAACCUCAUUGUACAUCAGAGAACACACACGCAAGAGAAACCUUAGGAUUGCAGUGUGUCUUAGGAAUGUUGAGCUGUGGUUCAGCAGUCACUACGCUUCAGAGAACUCACGUAGAGGAAGCAGUGUCGAUAUCCUGAAUGUUGAAUAACUUUCGUCCUCAAACUUGCCUUAUUUUACCCUGAGGUAGACUGCAACACGUAAAGGACAGUCUUGUUAGGUAACAUUCCUUUGAAUGUCCCCUAGCAAAUGUGGGUAUAAAACCUUGCAGAUUUUUUGAUUUUGUCAUUUGUUUUUAGCAAAAAUACAAACUAGGUUAUGUCAGAAUUUCUACUAAGGAGAAAUCUUUCAGUUUGAGACAUACAGCUUGAAGAUUCUUUAGAGGUAAUAUAACAUUGGAAAUUGUGUUGUAGUUUUGAUGCCAUAUUUGUCUUAGGAAACCUAAGAAUUUGUAAUUUAUAGAUGAAUAUUGUGUGUUGUACAAACAAGCAAAAAAAAGUAGUAAAAUGAAAUAAAAGAAGUUGCAGUAAUACAUAGAUUUCUCAUGUGCCCUUCUCUGAGUUUCCUCUUAAGAUAUUUUACAUAACAAAGGUAUAUUCUCGAGCAGAAAUACGGAUGGUACCUUAAUACUAAGUCACAUACUGUCAUUCACACUUCAGCGGUUUUUACAUGCACUUUGUGUUUAUGUGAAGUUUUACAAAGUGUUGUCGCUUAUAGUUUGAGUACCCAUGAGCACAGGCUACAAAAUCAAAAAGGAAUCUGGAAUCUGUAUUGUAUUAGGGUUAAAAAGGAACCAAGAUUUCACCAUAAGCAGGUCCCUUGUGUUAAUAAUACCCUUUCUGCAACCCUAUCCUGGCAAUUCAUGUGAGUAUGAAGUUUUUAAAACAGAGACAAAUUGAAUAAUUAGGGCAACAGCGUUAAAUGCUUAUGUGAAGUAUCCCUUAAGUUUGCAGGACUCCUGUUUCUACAAAUAGUACCUUCUAUUACCUGUGUCUUUUCCAUAUGUGUCGUGGAAUUUAAUAUGAUUGUGAAUCGAAGCUAGACACUCGUAGUUCAACAUCUCCCAGGUAUGUCGGGGCCUGGAGGAACCUCUGCAAAGGAGGCCCCCAAAGCUAAUACGUAACCACUUAAAAUACAUAAAAUAUCAAAAUGGUAAAUAAAAUGUGCUCUGUGCAGAGGGAUAUCUAGUCUAUGAUCUCAUUUUCCCCUCUCACCCAUGGUCCUUUCAAACUGCCUUGAGUGGAUAUAUGUGCAUCCUCCAGCCCUCAGCCUCAAUUUUUUACAAACCCCUAUAGGUAACUGCCCUCUAAGGCAGAGUUAAGAAUAGAAGCCACAGACAGACUAUAUGACACUCAGGGUUGUAAUCUAGGCUGUAAACUCAGGUCCAGUGUACCCAGAAACAGAUCUGGGCCCUUGGGUUUUUGAUUAUAUGAGAAGGUGGGUUGAGACUGGAGCAGAGCCAGAGUAAGGUCAGAGUGAGGCUUUUAUGGACCGACAGGGUGUAAAGGUGGCAUACUACAUUUCAUUAUCCGAUUUCAUACAUCAGGUUACACAAACUAAUGAUCUUAAAUUGCACAGAUAUUCUAAGCUUUCAUCUUAGGGAACUAGAAGAGAGCUAAUUAAAUCCAAAGUAAGGAAAACAAAUGAAAUAAUAAGAAUCAGAGCAGAAAUCUGUGAGAUCUUUGAAAAAACAAAACCAAUACACCAAAAGUUAAUUAUUUGAAAAGGUCAAUAAAAUUGAUAAAUCUUCGGUUAACUAAGAAAAAAGAAAAGAUACAAGUUGCCAAUGUCAGAAGUGAAAGAAAGAACAACUGAUAACAUGGACAUUAGAAGGAUAGUAAUGUUACAGACAACUCUGCCCACAAAUUUCAUAACCUAGACCUAUUCCUUGAGACACACAAUCUGCCGAAACUCACAGAAGUAUAAAUUUGUAUAGGCAAAUAAUCUAUUAAGGAAAUUGAGUUCAUCCUUAAUCUUCCAAAUCAGAAAGUUCAAGCCCAGAUGUGUUCACUGGUGACUUCUAGCAAACACUUAAGGAAGGAAGAAAUGAUACCAGUUCUCUACACCUCUUCCAAAAAGUAGGACAAGAAAUCCUUCCUAACUCAUUCUGUGAUGCUUAUAGUAGCAAAAGCAGGCAGAGACAUUAUAGGAAAGGAAAGCAACAGGGGUGCCUGGCUGGCUGAGUCAGUAGAACACGUGACUCUUAAUCUCGGGGUCCUGAGUUUGAACCCUAGGUUGGGUGUGAUUAAAAAAAUUCUGAAAAGGAAAGCUAGAUGUCUAUAUGUCUCGGAACAUAGAUGCUGAAAUCCUCAACAAAUCGUCACCAAGUUGAAUCCCACAAUAUAUAAUUACGUGCCAUGACCAUGUGGGAUUUAUUCCAGGGGUGCUGUGCUGUUUGAACAUUUGAUAGUCGGGCAGUCACCUGUCACAUCAAGAGGCAAAAGAAGAAAUAAUCAUAUGAUCUUAUCAAUAGGUGCAGAAGAGCCUUUCGCAAAACGUUAACCCACAUCCACAAUAAGAAAUCUCAGCAGGCUGGGAGUAUGGGGAACAUUAACUUGGUACAGAACAUCUCCAACAGUCCUACAGCUAACGUUGUACUUUGAUGGUGAGAAACUAGAUGCUUUCCCAGUGAGAAGAGGAGAGCAAAGAGGUCCCUGUCCUUGCUCUUUCAUCCUCCUUCUGGAAGUCCUCGCCGACAGAGCAAGACCAGAGAAGGAGAGAGACUUGGACUGGGAGGGAGGAGAGAAAACUGUGUACAGUCACACAUAACAUGCUUGCCCAUGUAGGGAAUUUCCAGGAGUCGACAAUAAAACGCGCUGACGCGAGUUAACGAGGUUUUAGGAUACGGUGAUUGGGUGGGUGGUAAAAAGAAAUGAGCCGUUCGGUAACAGGAGACAUGCAGGAGGCUUUACGUGCAUAUUGGUGAAUGAGACAAGCCAAUCCGAAAGGCUUUCCACCUUACGUUACCAGUUACAGUGCGUUCUGGCAAGGCACGUGGGGAGACAGUAAAAGGAUCGGUGGUCGCCAGAGGAUUGAGGCAGGGGAGGGAAGGCUGAAUAGGUGGAUUAUGGAGGACUUUUAGGACGGUGGGAGUAUGCUGUAGGAUAUUGUAACGGUAGAUGGCAUGCGGAUCCUUUGCCAGUGCCCAAAAAUGUAACAAAGGGUAAGCCCUGAUGUAAACUGUGGUCUUCAGGUAGUACUCCUGUAUCAGCAUUGACUCAUCAGUUGUAACAAAUGGACCACACUACUGCAAGAUAUGAAUGAUGGGGGGCUGCAGAGGGGUAGGAGUGAAGGGGUGUGUAGGAACUCGACUUUCUGCUCCAUGUGUCUGUAACUCUACGACUACUCUAAAAUGUAAAGUGUGUGAAAGAAAUGAACCAUCCUGUCUGCCUAUAGCAAUAUACAGGAAUCUCCGAGGGUGUUUCUUCUAUAAUUACGAAGUUAGAAACACAGUAUUCAGUACCACUUUUCCCAUGGUGGGAGGCAGAAUGCAUUCUCAGAAAUCAUAUGCUGACCAUCACUAAAGCCUAUUUUCAGCUGUAGCUUCCUGUUGUUAUAAGCCUGCUUGUCUUUUCUGCAAGUAUCGUAAAUUUCUCACCUCUCUUCAUAACACCUUGUUUCUGUACUAAGUUUCCCUUGGUCCUGUGUUCCUGCACUACAAAUAUAAUGGCCACUGAUGAACAUUUGAGCUGUGUCUAUAGUCUUCAGAAUAUUUUUAAUUACAGCAACUGUGGUCUGAAGUUAAGGCCGAGUGUCCUAGACUCUUGACAUCUGAAACCAACAUGGAGUGAACCCUCCGAGCAGCAGGCAGUUAACACAGUGGGCAUCACUAAGAGGAUGGUCCAUCUAAGACCCGGGUCACCACGUAAGACCCAGUUCAUCCAGUUGUCAUUAAGUGAUUGUUGUUGACUAACGAGGUCUGAGAUAGGACAAAGGCCACCCGGGACCGAGCUACCGGUUGCUGGCAGACAGCCUCUUGCUGUGGACUGUGCUGCCUGUUUUGGGUGUCACUGUUUCCUCCCCUGGCAACAAGCUCUUGGCCCUAAGAAUUGUUAAUUGGCUGUACCCCAGGUGCCUGGGCUCCGGGUUCAAUCAGUUUGGCUGGUGUCGUGAGACGCUCCGCCUGUCGAGGCAGUGACGACACCGCACUUUAACUGGUGAGCAUUUGAGCCCCAGCUACCCAGGGUCGAGGGUCUGGCUGGUACUCUCCGGUUACUGUGUACCGUGUGCUGGCCGUCCCCGGCUGUUCAGGGUAGCCACGCUUACCAGUUUUUGUCAUUGUGCCCCAGCGGGGAGGGCAUGCAGAUGGCCCUUGGUGAAAGUUUGGAAAGCUGGGCUGCCCUGGCCCCGGGAGCAUGAAGCGUGCACGGCCCUCGGUGUGUGAUGAGCUGUUGUUCACGUGCGGGCAGCGGCCGUCCCCAUCUCUUGCUGCUCCUUCCCCUGCUGCCAUUGCACACACGCCUCACGCCCGAGGGUGCCGAGGUGCACACCUGUGGUGUCCUGUGGCCCGGAGGCUGAUGAGAAACAAAAGGGGACGUCUUCCAAAUUGCCAGAGGAAGGACCUCAACUGCGCUAAUGCAGAACCCUCAGCCAGUGAACCUGGGGUUGGCGAGGCACUGGGGUUUUUUUCAGUACACCAAAGGACUAACCUUGGAGUCCUGGGGCUUGAUGGCCUUGACCCUUGCCAUGCCAGAAUGACCUUAUUGUUUGUGAACCGUGACCCCAGAGAGAUUGGCUGGCAUUCCCUGGAGGAAGCGGCAGCUGCCUGUGAGGCGGACUGCCGGGCUGUGGUCCUUUCCCUUGUAACCACCCAGGCCCCCGCCACAGAUGUCAGGAUGGAGACAAAAACUGAAAGCUGUCACUUCACAUGGCUAGAAACCCAAAAUACUGUGAGGGAAUUUGUAGAGAGAGAAAUGAGAGAGAAGAAACCUGCACUGUUGCAAAAAGGCAGCCCUACAGAAGACAUUGGGUCAACGGCCGGGUUAUGGGCCACGCUUGCUCCUUGCAGCUGUGCUCUGCUGCCUCUGUUGAGAAAAAUUCUCAUCCUGCUGCUCAGAGGGGAAAGCACUCACCCUGUGCCACAGCAAAGGGGAUCAUUGGAAUGCAGCGUAAGCCCAGGAUCCUUAAUCCGUGUGAAGCAAUGUGACCUUUGCCAUAGAGUGGGCCCUUGAGCCCGUAGAUCCUCCUUGGAGGCUCUCUGGAGAAGGCAACUUGUACGUGCGAUCAGAGUAAAUAGAAAAGCCCCUGACGUAUAUUGAGUGACAACAAAAAGGAAAGAAUUGGCAAGAAAGAAUGAGGGGUGGGAGGAACUUAGGUACAGGAAAAGGAAACAACGAAAUGACAGAAAUGAAGGUGCACAGAUUGCCCCAGCUGGGAGUCCAGACUAUACGAAGAUAACUUAUGCAACAGAAGAUCAAAGGACACUAACUGGCUUUUGUACCUUCGCUAGAUCGUUUGUGAAAUGACUUAAAUAUCUGCUGAAACGCACCGUUGACAAAUUGUCAUGACCUUGCACAAGGCUUGAAUUACAGCUGUAUUUGGGCCUUCGGCUAAAUUUGAUCAUGUCAUUCCCUAAAAUCUUAGAGGAGUUACUGACUACAAAAUGGAGUGCGGGUGACUGUUUCCUCACAACUUAUAUGUUGAACUCCAGUCCUCAGGGUGAUGGUCUCUGGAGGUGGGGGGCCUUUGGGAUGUGAUGAGGUUUUGGGGGUAGAGCUCUCAUGAAUGGGAGUAAAGCCCUCACAAGUGUUGAGCGAACACCUUUGGCUUUUGCACAAGUGACGACAGAGCAAAAGGACAGCUAUCUGUGAACCAGGAGGCAGGCCCUCCCCACGUGCUGAUACCGCUGGCCCCUUCAUCUGUCUUGGACUUGAGGGCCUCCAGAACUGUGAGAAAUAAAUUUGUGUUGUUUGUAAGCCAC